GUGUGGGAAUAUGCGCAGAGGAAAUGAUGUUGUAAUGGUCCUCUAAUUACAGUGAGUUGCAAGGCUACUUCCUCCUAGGAAUUGUCGUAGCGUAGCUCCACUCCAUAAGAAUAUCGAGUGAGGAACAUCGAAGCUUUUGGAACGCUGGCCAAGUUAUUGGCCGCAACUUUGUAUUACUUUGGAUUAUGAACGUUCGUUAAAUUGUAACAUUGCAUCAAAGUCGAAGGGCAAUGUCGGCUGAAACUGGAAUCUUGCUUUUGAAGGAAUCUAAACAAAUAGGCUAUUUUCGGUGAAUUUUCGGGAGAUGGCAGACUAGCCUGACUUGUGCUUUUAGCACAUAAGGUUACGUCUGCGCGUCCUCAACGCACUUAGUAAGUUUUACAUGUAAGAUGGGAACGCCACAAUAACCUAGUAACCCAAACUCCCCUUAUUAACCAUGCAGAAAUCGCUUCGCCAAUUUCUGGUUACAAAAAAAUAUAAUGGUCUACGAUGUUAGAUGACAUGUUUAUUCUGGUCUUCAUACUUCUGGUUUUACCCUCUUCCAGUGUGGAAGAUAAGGGCAGCGUGAGCGACUAUGAGUGUGUUUGCGACGGGCCAUCAUGCGACAGCGGAGAGCGUUGUAUUGGCCAGCAGUGCUUCUCGGCCGUCUCCAUCCAGAACGCCACGGCCGUCUCCAUCCAGAACGCCACGUUCUUCCGACGGAAGGGGUGCAUUGUGGGGCGUGACGAAGGGUCCAUAAGCUGCGGAAGUCCCCCGUCCCAUAACUUGACUGUGGAGUGCUGCCAUGGCGACCUUUGUAACAUGAAUGUCACAGUGGCAGACCCAGAGAGAGAUGAGGAAGUGGCACUUGCCUUGCAAGACGAUGAGUGUGUGUGUGAGGGACGGUCAUGUGAGGGCAGCGAGCGCUGUACAGGCCAGCGGUGUUUCUCCUCUGUGAAGAUCAGUGACGGGUAUGUGGGUCACCAGAAGGGCUGCCUUCAGGAUGACGACCAGGGGAGAGCCACCUGCGCCACCCCUCCCUCUCCCAGCCACAUAGUCAAGUGUUGCCAGGGGCACCUGUGUAACAUGAACGUCACCGUGGAAGCACCAGCAAAAGAGGAGAAAGUGAAGUCCGCCGGCGAGCACGAGUGCGUGUGCAAGGGGCGGUCGUGUGCCACCGGGCAGCGCUGCAUGGGCCAGCACUGUUUCUCCAGUCUGACAGUCAGCGACGGAGCCCUGGUCUACCAGAAGGGCUGCUUCAAGGUGUACGAGCAGAGCAGAAUGACCUGCAAGACGCCGCCUUCCCGCGACCAGAUCGUGGAGUGCUGCCAGGGCCACCUGUGUAACAUGAACAUCACUGUGGAGCUGCCUGUUAUCGCAAGCAACCUGCCCAACUACAGCUUGACGACACUGGCCAUCGUCAUCGUGGCUCCGGUCAUCGUGCUGGUCGUCCUCUCUGGCAUCGCCAUCCUGGUGUUCAGACGCAUCCACCAGAACCAGAUGGAGAGGCUGACGGCCCGAGAAGCUGAGUACGGCACCAUAGACGGCCUCAUCGCCUCCAACGUGGGGGAGAGCACACUGGCGGAUUUGCUAGACCACUCGUGUACGUCGGGAAGCGGCUCCGGACUCCCCUUCCUCGUUCAGAGAACUGUCGCCCGACAAAUCACACUCAACGAGUGUGUGGGUAAGGGGCGCUAUGGUGAGGUGUGGCGGGGCCAGUGGCAGGGGGAGAGUGUGGCUGUGAAGAUCUUCUCCUCCAGAGAUGAGAAGUCCUGGUUCAGAGAGACGGAGAUCUACAACACAGUGCUGCUGAGGCACCAGAACAUCCUGGGCUUCAUCGCUUCGGACAUGACUUCCCGAAACUCGAGCACCCAGCUGUGGCUGAUCACACACUUCCACGAGAUGGGCUCCCUGUACGACUACCUGCAGCUGAGCACCCUGGACACAGCCAGCUGUCUGCGCAUGGCCUUGUCCAUCGCCAGCGGCCUGGCACACCUCCACGUGGAGAUCUUCGGCACCCAGGGAAAGCCGGCCAUCGCCCACCGAGACCUUAAGAGCAAAAACAUACUUGUCAACAAGAACGGCCAGUGCUGCAUCGCCGACCUGGGUCUCGCUGUGAUGCAUUUCCAAGACACAAACGAGUUAGACGUGGGCAACAACCCUAAAGUGGGCACGAAGCGCUACAUGGCCCCAGAGGUCCUGGACGACUCCAUCCAGACGGACUGCUUUGAGUCCUUCAAGAGAGUGGACAUCUGGGCCUUUGGCCUGGUCCUGUGGGAGAUCGCCAGGAGGACGGUCAGCAACGGCAUUGUAGAGGACUACAAACCUCCCUUCCAUGAUGUGGUGCCCAGUGACCCCAGCUUUGAAGACAUGAAGAAGGUUGUGUGUGUGGACCAGCAGAGACCCAACAUCCCCAACAGAUGGUUCUCAGACCCAACUUUAACGUCCAUCGCCAAACUUAUGAAGGAGUGCUGGUAUCAGAAUCCCUCUGCCAGAUUAACGGCGCUACGCAUCAAAAAGACUCUGACAAAAAUCGACAACUCUCUGGACAAAAUGAAAGCGGACUGUUGAGCUUGUUCCUCGUUGAUGCAGAGGGAGCGAAGACCUAUUGACCUUUUAAAGAUGUCAGGCAGUUUGGUUUCCUGGACAACACACAGGAGAAAAGGGACUGGUUGGGCUCAGUGCUCGUGAAGUGGCACAUUGUAUUUAUUUGAAACACUCUUGGUGGGACACAUUUUGGCAUCCAAAGAUGGCUUACAGGGCAUUUAAAACACUGCCAAUAGUCUUGGAAAUGUAGGUGACUAUCACUUUAAAGACAUAGGAAUAUUGAACUAACGUUCUUCAAAGAAGACUGUUACCUGGGCAUUUGAGUACCGUUUGUCGCUUUAGAGCUACUCAUAUUUUUCUUUUUGACGCGACUUAAGUUUGAGAAACAUAUGAACGUAUUUCAUUCAGCAAUAUUGGCCGUGCUUUAUCGCUGUUAUUGCACUAGCAAUGUUUGCAUUCCUGACAUGCACUGUUGCGGAUGUAUUUGGGGAAAAAACACAACUUGCCAAAAACUUUUUUUUUUUCUUUUAAAUUUUUUAAUAUAGGCCACACGAACUCCAUAUCGUAACAGUAAUCAGAAUUAGGGAAAUGUUUUUAAGUUUUACUUGGGACUGCAUCUCUUGCACCGCUGUUUUACGAAAUUGUUAGACCAAUUCUCUUGGUAUUUCGUCCAAGCUGUAACUUAUUUAGCUAACGCACUGUUGUAGGAUUGUGCUGCGGACAGUUGUAGGCCCUCUCUUUAAUUCGUCCUUCGGAGGUUGUUGUCUUAACGUAUCCUGUCGUAGAAACUUUGUAUAUCACCACACAUUUUGACAUUAUGUACCUGUUCUUUUGUUUGGUUGUUUCAUCAGCUUUCUUGAGACAAAAUGCUAAAAAGAGCAAAUAAAAUAUUUACUAGAUGACACCGAACUCCAUUCAUACAGGGGCACUAAUAUUGUCUUAAGGCGUGUCUAAGUAAUUGAGGUGGAUCUUCAGGCUUUUUCCAUUUCUUCAAUAUUUUAUAUCAAGGAGUGAUUUCUAUUCAUUAAAUAGAAAAAACAUA